AUGGUAGGGAAUGCAGAAAGUAGCCAUACGAACAGCAAACAAGCGGUCUUAUUAAAAUAUGUUGCUAAUAAAAGUUGUUUUUUUAAUAACGAAUGGGCACAAUGUCAUUAUGAUUGGGUUCAUGCGAUAUUAAAAAAACUGCAGCUACGUCCUUCUCAUUUUUACCUACACGUACUUGAAGUAUCUGUACUAAAGAUACAAAUACUGGCCUAA